AGGCGCUAGACCAGGUAGAGGGGUGUGGCAGGUACCGUUAGGAAGGGGAAACCAUGCCAUUUUUAAGAGUCACCAUGCAGUGGUCGGGUGAGCAACGGGGUUUUGUUGUGGAGACAUUCUUUAAAAACGGGGAAAGUGUGGUGGCGACGCAGAGGGCCUUUCGCAGACGGUUCGGAUUAAAUCCUCAAGACAGUGUUCCUGACCCUAAAACCAUUAGGAAAUGGAUCGUUAAUGUAAGGACGACGGGAUCUGCAAUUCCUAAAAAACCUGCAGGGCGACCUAAAAAUGUAAGAACUCCCGAAAAUAUCAGGGCAGUAAGACGGUCUAUCGAACACUGCGUUCUGUGUGGAAACAUGCUGCUGCCCUUAGAAUAUCGUCGAAAAACAGUGAGGCGAAUUUUACAAACAGACCUUAAAUUACACCCCUACAAGCUUAUGAUUGCUCAGGAAUUGAGCCCCCAAGAUUGCGUAACGCGUAGAGAUGCUUGCAAUGCAAUCCUAACAGGUCUACCUCCUGGCACUAUUGUGUGGACUAGCGACGAGGCACAUUUUCAUCUUUGCGGCACAAGCAAAAUUUUCGUUACUGGUCAAGUGAAAUCCUUCGUGAAUUGCACCAAAGACCCCCCCACAGCCCUAAAGAAAAAUCUGUAUAUAUUUGUGUAUCUUUUUUCUAUAUGGAGCUCGGUCAUAGAUUAG